CGUCACCGCUCUGCUCCCGCUCCGCUUCCGCCGGCGCCAGCGCUUCAGCUCUGCCAUCUUUAUCAUCUGUAGGUGUGAGACGUCGACCUGAUUAAACCCACAGCGGCUGUCAACAUGAUUUCCCUCACGGAUUCACAAAAAAUCGGGAUGGGGCUGACAGGAUUCGGGGUGUUUUUCCUUUUCUUUGGGAUGAUACUGUUUUUCGAUAAAGCCCUCCUCGCCAUUGGAAAUAUCCUGUUCGUGUCGGGCCUGUCCUUUGUCAUCGGCCUGGAGCGCACCUUCAGAUUCUUCUUCCAGAGGCAUAAAGUGAAAGCCACCAGCUUCUUCCUGGGAGGAGUUUUGGUGGUUCUGAUUGGCUGGCCAAUCAUUGGAGUUGUUCUGGAGAUCUACGGUUUCUUCCUCUUAUUCAGGGGAUUCUUCCCGGUGGCGGUGGGAUUCAUCAGGCGAAUACCCGUGCUGGGAUCUUUGCUGAGCUUACCAGGAAUCAGAACACUGGUGGACAAAAUUGGCGAGAGCAACACUAUGGUAUAACACGAGGCUGCUAACGCAGCAGAGGAAAGCUCCAGUAUUUAUCCUGGUUUCUAACGAUGACUGUAUAUUUUGAUUGUUACCACUCCAGAGAUGUGGACUCAAACAUUUCUCUGCACAAGAACACACAAGUGUAUCUGUGGAGGUUCCACCGACGACAUCCGGUUUCUUUUCUCAGACGGAAACAGUAUCUGACUGCUGCUGGACUAAACUACAAGAUUUUAUUUCCCUAUUUGUAUCAUACCUCUGUGAUAUUUAUGGACUGACUGCUUGGGACCUCCGGAUGUAUUCAGGGGGGAGUCAUGACCCUCUGACAGCAUCUGGUUUUCCAGACUUUGUGCCUGGGAGUGUUUUUGUUUUUAUUUUAUUUUUAUUUCUGUUACAUUACUGGAAUUUUGAACUUUGACUUGAAAAAGGCUGAACUGAAUUUUAAAGAAAUGUGAAUUGUGGAGAAAAAGGUCUAACUUUGUCACGGAGAUGUUUUCAUGUACCUUUUCUAAGAGCAUACUUGAAAUAAAGUGUGUCUUUUU